GCUGUGAAUCAGGCUGGUCUCAUGACUGCCAUAACUCUAUUCACUCUUUGUUUGUUUGCCUGCAGGCUAAGUUUGCUCUCGAUAACGAGUAUAAAAGACGACCAUCUUCUCCUUUCUAACAGAGAGACUAUUAACAGCUAUAGAACUGCUUCGGUUGAUACAGAAUACUUUAGAUGAACUAAAAGACAGGGGAAAUAGGCAAGCAUUAGAAAAAAAAAAACACAAUGGGAGACUAUUACAGGAAACAGAAUGGCAAGGUAGUGUUUGGUUGAACGUCAUAGAUUUGUCUUUCUUGUAAUAUUUUGUUCAAAGUAGCAGGGAAAUCUAAAUUCAGUUUUAAGCCAUCUGGAGUCGUCUUCUUUCUGCUUUUGAGAAGAUGAGUAACUGUAAGAAAGAGUUGAGUGAGAGAGAGAGAGAGCGGCUGCUCAUCCGCCGGGCCAGUGGAGCCAACGCCUCUCAGCUGGCUCAUAUGGAAAAGAUGCUACAAGAAACCAAAGGCCUGCUGGAGAAGAAGACAGAGACAGAAUCAGAAAGCAAAGCCUGUGGCGACACUAUGGUGUCUGAUCUGGAGCUGAAGGUCCAGCGCAGCAAGCGAGACCGUCGGAACUCCCUCCACCGCACACAGCUGCUGGAGAGUCAGAUGAAGACGGUUCGCGGUGAGCUCGUGGGCACGCUUGACCACCUGCAGGAGCUGCGCAACAUAUUGCGCCGCUCGCAGCAGAACGCAGAAGAGCGAGAAGCAGCCAUGCAAAAACUGGCCGCAGGGCUGAGGUGAGACGCCACCUGUCUGCCUGCAGUUACCACAUUCAUUCAUGUCAUCGGAAAGACGUUAAAGCACUGUUCAUCUGAAAUAUCUAUUUGACAUCCUAAAUUAUGUCAUUUUUUCACAUUGGCUCAUAUACAUUCCUGUGCAACCAGAUGCUGUUGUAAUAUCUAUGUUAAACGAUUAAAUCAUGCCACAAUUAUUUUAAAGGCAUGUUUUUCCUCUCCAAAGAUAGAAGCAGUUCUCUCAUUUUGGUUGAUGUCUCUGGUAGCAUCCUGUUUUUAUUUCCUGUUGUCAGCUUAAUGCAGCCUUAAAUCAUAAUUUUCAAUUAUAUAUAGACAUCCAUUGAAUGCCUUGUUAACUUGUGAGAUAAAUUUCACACCCUGUCACAUCUGACACAUUUUAUUGUACCAAUUUAUGUGUAAUGGCUUCAGGCAACUGUUUAUUUAGGUUUAUGUCUUCACAGGAUUUGUUUUGUAAGAGCACAGACUGUGCAAUGACUUGUGUCUGUGAGUUAUUUGGUCCAAAAAUUCAUGAUAUGGAUGCUUUAUUCCCUUAUAUUCAUAGUUUCAUCUGCUUUUAUUAUUUAAUUUAUUAGAAUGUUUAUUCCUUUAAACUUUUACACCAUGAUUGCAACAUUAAUAAUAAUCGCCUGUUCACUAAUGCAGGUGAACUUUGAAGAAUGUGUGUGUCUGGGCACUCUAUGAUUUUGUUCAUUAAAAUAUUGAUAUGUCCUCCAGGUUGUACUUUAUGAAAAGAAAACAGAAACAUUAUAUCCAUUUCAGUUGUGGAUUUCCUCCCCAUAUCCUAAAGAUCACUUUUUCAUGUUGCUUUCGGGAGCUUUAGUAUAAGAUUCAAUUCUAAAUCUGCUUUUCAGAUCCUCCGCUUUGAGUGAAGUUCUCUCAUACUUUGCGUCCUCAUGCCCACUGAACACCACUGAUCUGUCCUCACUUCUGUCCUAUUAACAGCUUUUGUACCUUUUUUUCCUGAAUGUGUAAAUUAGGUGACCUCAUGGGGGCCAACAUAUUGCUUGUGGACUAAAUUAAUCUUGACUUUGAAGAGAAGCAGGUUAACUUUGAAAAAUGCAUUUCUACAAUGGUGUUCGUAACUGAAAAGUGUUGCUUUUGCAUACAUCCACACCACAAGGUAUCAGUAUACAUCCGAGUGGAUUCCCAUAGUGUUCCUGGGCAACAUAAACAAAAAGAGUGUACCUUUAAGCCAUGAUUACUUUAUCACACAGUUCAACAUGAGCC